AUGCCGCCAAGACAAAGAGGGAGAGGAAAAGGUCCCAUGCGGGGAGGACCAUUGCAACUACAACCAUCACACUCGCAUAACUCAGAUCAUCCUCAACAUUCGAGUGAAUCAUACUCUUCCCAACAUUUGAGACGCUCAGUCUCACACCAUUCACAUUCUCAUCAUUCUCACCAUGAUUCCUUUGACCCAAACCAAUACAUAAAUUCACCUCCUGCUAGCCAAAACCAACAAAAUGAUGACUCUGAUCCUGAGAUGCCACCAUUUGGAACCAACUUUCAUCAUAUCGAGUUGUCAAGUGAUACUACAUCUUAUGCAGGUUCACCUUAUCAAGGUCCCGAUGAAUGGGAUCAAUAUUUUAAUCAGUUUACUUUGUACAAUACCCCUGAACAUAACCCUCACACACCUUCUUAUCCACCUCCUCAAACAACGUCACCUCCACAAGAGGAUGAGCCAGUGGAGCCAGUGGAGCAACAACAACCACCACCUCAACCAAGGAAGCCUCGCACCAGAGCACGAAUUUUCAAGAUGACGGAAAAGGGUAACAAUGACGCGGUGCCGACAGACACCGAACAAAUGAAAGAAGUGAUUGGCGAAGAGGUAGGGAAGGCAAUUGAGAAUAGUCUAUCCGGUUUUAUAGACAAAAUCCAAAGUACAAUGCUUUCGUUAGUUAAAGAAUGGGUUAAAAGGUUGGAAGACAAUGUCAACCUUGUGAAGGAAAAAUCCGAAGAACGUAAGGGUUGCUCAUACAAAGAGUAUGGCAUGUAA